AAUAGUAUUAUUGGAUCAAACAGUCGUAGUAAUUCAAGAAGCAGUAUGACUUCAUUCAUUUCUUCGAAAACCAAUGAAAUAGAACAAAAUCAAAUGGAACCCGCGGAAGUAGAGGAGUUCCGAUCCCGCGGAUCCAUCGGAGGGCAUGUUUAUUCUUCUUAUUAUAAAGCUGGUGGGAAUUGCUGUAUACUUUUUAUAAUAAUGCUACUGUUUGUUUUCUCUCAACUAGCUGCAAGCGGUAGCGAUUUUUUCAUUGCAUUUUGGGUUAACCUUGAACAAGGAUACAGUAAUAAUUUCUCGUUUAGUAAAUUACUGAGCAUGUCGAAUCAAACAACUUAUUCAGAAGACGAUAGAGACAUAUGUAUAUACAUUUUCGCUGGAUUGACUGUGCUUACAGUAGUGAUGACAUUAAUUCGAUCCUUUGCAUUUUUUGAACUAUGUGUAACUGCGUCUAAACGAUUACACGAUAAAAUGUUUCGUAGCAUCAGUAGAGCAACCAUGAGAUUUUUCAAUACAAAUCCUUCAGGAAGAAUAUUAAAUCGUUUUUCAAAAGAUAUUGGUGCAAUUGACGAAUUACUACCAAUGGCCAUGAUUGAUUGUAUUCAGAUUACGUUAUCACUUGUUGGUAUCAUUGUUGUUAUCUGUGUAACUAAUGUCUGGCUUAUAUUUCCUACUUUUUUAAUCUGUGCAACAUUCUACGGACUGCGAGUUGUUUAUGUCUCAACAAGUCGUAGUGUAAAACGGCUAGAAGGCAUCACAAGAUCGCCCGUUUUUAGUCAUUUAAGCGCUACACUACAGGGUCUGUCUACAAUACGGUCUUUCAAUGCCGAAGAAAUACUCAUCAAAGAGUUCGAUAAUCAUCAGGAUCUUCAUUCAUCCGCGUGGUAUAUUUAUAUUGCGUCGUCUCGAGCUUUUGGAUUUUGGCUUGACUUGGUUUGUCUCGUUUACAUCAUUUGUGUAACAAUGAGCUUUUUAUUACUUUCUGAUGAUAAGAAUAAUGUAUAUAGGGGUGGUGACGUAGGCCUGGCAAUUACGCAGAGUAUUGCAUUGACUGGAAUGUUCCAGUGGGGAAUGAGACAGAGCACUGAGGUAGAGAAUCAAAUGACUUCAGUGGAGCGUAUACUUGAGUACACAAAUAUUGAGAGAGAACCUGCUCUUGAGAGUUUGCCGAGUAAAAAACCUAAAGAUGAUUGGCCAACCAGAGGGCAAAUUGAAUUCAAAAAAGUUUAUUUGUCUUAUUUGCCGCUAGAACCACCAGUACUUAAAAACCUCAACUUCACUAUUGAGCCACGUGAAAAGAUAGGAAUCGUCGGUCGCACCGGAGCUGGUAAAACCUCUAUGAUAUCCGCAUUAUUUCGUCUUGCUGACAUUGAGGGAAAUAUUGAGAUUGAUGCCGUCGACAUCGGUGAAAUUGGACUUCAUGAUUUCCGCUCCAAAAUAAGUAUAAUUCCCCAGGAACCUUUCUUGUUUUCAGGCUCAUUGAGAAAAAAUCUUGAUCCUUUCGAACAGUAUUCUGACCACAUACUUUGGUCAGCACUUGAAGACGUUGAGCUAAAAGAAAUGGGUCUCGACGAACAUAUUAAUGAAGGAGGUUCCAAUUUAAGUGUCGGACAACGGCAAUUGGUAUGUCUUGCUCGUGCUAUUGUGAGAAAUAAUAAAAUUCUUGUACUUGAUGAGGCGACUGCCAAUGUUGAUCCACGAACAGAUGAGUUUAUUCAGAAGGCCAUUAAACGCAAAUUUGCCGAUUGCACAGUACUUACAAUAGCUCAUCGACUCAAUACUGUCAUGGACAGUGAUAAGAUAUUGGUCAUGGACGCUGGUUCAGUUGUAGAAUUUGAUCAUCCGUAUAUUUUACUCCAAAAUGAAAAUGGAAAAUUAUCAAAUCUGAUUCAAGAAACCGGAACAUUAAUGAUCGAAGCACUAAAAAAUGUUGCCAAACAGAAUUACGAACUUCGUGAGCAGUCGUUUGCAACUUUUUAAUUAAAUAAACAUCAAAAUCGCUACAUUUUACUACUGUCUAUUUGCCUACAUGUAUAUUUCAUAAAUAUUCAUGAUAAAACAAGCACUGCCUAGAUUAAGUGGAUAAAACUUAUCGU